AUAUUCUCAUCUGUGACAACAUAGCCAAAUACAUGGACGUUUGUGAGACGGCUUUCGUCAUUGACUACUUACGCGACUGGGCAACUAAACUUAACAGAAUAGUCAUCCUGGCGAUUGCUCCUCCAUCUUUCGAAAUUCUCUUGAUGUUUUCCCAUUGUACGAGCGCUCUGCUAACUUCUGGACAACUGGUGUAUUUCGGUUGCCCCAGCAAAAUGACUCGGUACUUCACUUCAAUUGGUUUUCCGUGCCCGAAGUUCAAGAAUCCUUGCGAUUUCUACGGUGAGUUAUACAUCCAAUCUUCAAGAAAUGAACCUUCGACAGAGCGUUCGAGGGAGCUUUCCUUGCUUUUAAAAGCAUUUUUCUCGAAAACCACUAUUGACCUCGCUACACACGACCAUCAGUCACCAGAAGCCUCCGCCGAGUCCUCCUCUCGAAUCGACAAACUUAUACGGUGUUGGAAGCCGUUGAACUCCACUCCAUUGGAGGUGACCAAAUCGACUAUCUCUCCGAUGCUCUGUAGACCUUCCGUUAUUGACACCAUAGAGGCUUUGUGUAGCCCUAGAAAUUCGGAAGAAGUAUUUUACAUUCUUUGCAGGCGAAAUUGGUACGAGUUGACCAAUAACCCGGCCAAAUCGUUCUGUGAACCGAUGAUAGCUCUACUUAUGGCAUGCCUCAUAGGUGCAGCUUUUUUCGCCCUCACGAACGAGAAGCGAUCAGCUGCAAGCGAUAGAAUUGGUUUAGUAUUAGCCUUGUCCUACUAUGGAGCGAUCCCUUGGAUAUUUGUGGCAAUACAGAAAGGUGAUCAUCUUGACUAA